AUUGAGUGAUAAAUAUCGCUCUUGCUGCACAUUUGAUGCAUCCGCAAUUUUUUCGCAAACCACUUGUAUACAGCAGUGACCCCAUACACCCGCAAAAUAUACCUAAUUUAUCGUACAAAAUGGGCCUCUUUACUCUCCUCUCCAUCCUCUCCCUCUCCUCCAGCGUCUUGGCCGCACCUAGAAAGAACCAGGACAAACACCUUACCGCAACCGCCAUCGUCAACACGCCUGACAACACCUCCUCCGCCUUCGAAUGCUGGCAACUAACCACCCCCUUCGACGCCGCGACCCUCGAUGGCACGGUGGCCGGCGCCAUGAACCUAGGUCUCGCAGACGUAACUAAAGUAAACUACGUCGUGCGCCCGCCACACGAAGAUUACGGACUACACAAUGCGCCCAACGCACAGAUUGUCGUGUACCUCUCCGGAUCGAUCAAUAUCACCGUGCCGACGGUGCCGGAACAGCAGUCGGUUAUUUUGGGCGGUGGGCAUGGAUUGUUUUUCGCGAUGGAUACGGAGGGCGAGGGACAUUAUGCGACGUAUCCGAGUGAUGAGCAGACUAUAGGGUUGAUGAUUCCGUUGAAGGAUGGAAAGGCGCCGGAGCACGUUGUUUUGGAUGAUAAGCCUUGUGGGACGACAUCGAGUAUUGUCUAAUUACGACCACGGAACUGUGUUAUAUGUCAAUCGACAGUGAUGUAUUCAUAACAAUGUAUCAUAAUGGUAGCCAAAACUACUGCGUUGUCCACUGCAACCUCUCAUCCAAAUUCUCCUUCCUCGCCUCCUCCCACUCCCUAACCACAACACCCGCCCUCUCUUUCGACCGAGGUUUAAUGUCCGCCUCAAACGGCUCUGGCAUACAAACAAAUCCCUGCGUCAACCUCUCUGUAUCAGGC